AUGGCCGACGAGUUGUGGGAUACCCUUAGGCUCCGAGGGCUAGCAGCCUUCGCUCCUCAUUUUGUGCAAUGUAGAGUUGUGGCCGUGGAUGCCGUGCCGCUGCACGCGGCAGCUCUCAUAGCUGCUGGUAUACCAGCUUGGGCUGUGGAACUGGCGGCCCGGGGCCGAGAGCCGACAGCGUCUAUGCAACCGCCUGCGGAGGAGCGCAGACGGGAUGACUUCCCGCGACCACCGCGGGUUACCCGUGCCAGCAUGCAGGCUGCUUUUGAGGCAGCCAGACCAGAGAACCGCCGGCAGGCAUUGGCAUCGCUUGACCAGGACGUUCUUGCAGCCAGCACAGUGGACUCCAAUAACAGCCGAAUACGGUUUUAUACUGCCAUAUGCCGGGCGUGGGGGAUCGAGCCCUGGCCCUUGUCUCGUGAAUCAGUUCGGGCCUUCGGCGCGUGUUUGAAGGCGGGUGGCUACAAGAGUGUAGCCGUUUACUUCUCGGCAGUGAUCGGACACCAAGUUCGGACGAUGUGGCAGGCGCCUAGCCCGGAGCUGCGACGGUGCAUGCAAGACACCAGGCGGGCCGUCCUCCGUGGAGCCGGCCCCACCCGCCUGAAGGACUUCUUCGACGUGCCCAUCUUGAAGCGGAUUCUGGAUGAAGAGGACGAGCGGGCCUUCUCGAUUGACGAGCCGAGUCACAUGGGGGAUGUGAUGUUGGCCUGCGCGUGGUGGAUGCUACGCGAAAUCGAGUCCUCAAGUGCUCAGGUAUGCCAUGUCAGGUUCAACGAUCGCACGGGCGAGGUCACUCUGAUGCUGCCGGUACAGAAGUGCGAUCAGAGGGGGACUUUGUGUUGCCGGACCCUGUUGUGUGCGUGCCGGGCAGCUCAACAGGUACUGUGCCCGUUCCAUUGUCUCAAGAGGCAUAUGACCAGGCUGAGCCGUUUGGGCAGCGAGGCCGUGGCUCCUCGUGCACCUUUGUUCCCCAGCAGCGCGGGAGGCGUGUUGUCCAAGGAUCAGUUUAUCAAAGCUUCCAGGACAGCCUUGCAAGCAUGCGGCCUGGAGACGACUCGAGAGUUUGAGGGCGUACAGUUGGAACGCUUCACGGGGCACAUAGCUCGUAUCUCUGGCGUGCAAUGGUUGCACAACAUCGGAAUCCCGAUGGCGAUGUUGCAGGUGCUCGGCAGAUGGGCCAGCUUGACGAUCCUACGGUACCUGCAGUCGGCGCCACUGCAGACUUUGCCGGCUACGGCGGCUAGGGCCCUGAACCAAGGUUCUGCUCCGCCUUCCGGCGAGGGCGGUUGGCUCUUGAUCCCAGGCGCCAGCGACGCGCCUCUGACCGAGGCAAUUGCCCAGGAAGGAUCGGACGAUGAAGUGCAAAUCAUCGAGCCAGGCAGGCACAAACGUCGACGCAGGCAGGCCGUCCAGCCUCAGGCGGAAGCAGAGGCCGAAUCGCGGCCCCCAUCACCGGCCGAUGGGGCGGACCAGGCGACACUGGAGGGUCUUCGCAAUGAGAUGGCCACGGUGCAGGCCGCGCUGUCGGAGCUUAAGAAGCAGGAAUCCUACAUCGUUCAGGGGAGGUCCCGAAAGCAUCACAGGAUUGCUAUUCCGGAGGCAGCGAACCCCCCGACUUCUUGGUCCACGGUGUGCGGCUGGAAGUAUGGCCUCAGCAAGUUUUAUCGAUCCCAUACGAUCGGGUCCUCUGAUCAAACGUGCUGCCGCUGCUUCAAUAUCGUGAGAGAUGACGGACAUGAGGAGUCCAGUCAGGGAUCCGAGACGGGGUCCGAGAACUCAUCUGGGGAGAGCUCUGACAGCUCCUCCAGCUCUGACUUGGACACCUUCGACGGCGACUACGGCAAGCUCGGCAGGCAGAUUCAGGAUUCGUUUGAGAGGGCGGUAGCUUUUCACAAGUGGAAUGUCGGGUCAGUAGUCCGAGACUACCUGGCAGCUCGUGGAGUGCUGUCGGUUGGUACUCUGUCUAUGUUGGCCCGGGAUGAUGAAGAUUUUCGGACCACGAUCAUAGAACCUUUGAUCCGGGGAUUCGACACAGGUCAUGGAGUGCUGGAGCUCGACGAGGUCGAGAAACCCAUAGCCAGAGCCGUUCUCCUGUACAUGUUCCACCUGGCUCGCGAGGCCAGAGCAGCGGCGGCUACAACCUCGACACCGACGCCUACCGGACCAUCAGUUACCUCGUCAUUGGGCACGGUGUCGGCCAAAGCGACCAACGAGGACAGAGCGCCCAAGACCCUGCCACCCAAGGUUUGGUCCGAUGCCGUGGCCAAGUACAACUCGGUGUGCAUAGCAGGAGUUCCUCGAGAGUUCCCGGUUCAGAAGUUGGUGGGGGCGGAAAGCGUGCUUUCACGUUUUCACUGGGAGCAUGUCACCAGCAAGGCAUAUUCACCUCUGGAGCUCGGAGAACUGGUGUCGAAACGUAGCUUCACAGCCACGGGCGGUGUCAACUACUUGGCAGCGAGGAAAAAGCCCACCAAGCUCGAGUUCGAUGGCGAGUCUCUCCAGACGACUGAAGAGGCGACAUGGGAGCCACGAUCGUUGUGGUCAGUGGUGGAUGGCCUUGACGCCAUCCGAUGGUGUCAUAUCUUGUUCGAGGUCGGGGAGGAGCACCAGAUCAACCGCUUUUACGAUGAGAUGAUUCGGCGUGCCAGGCAACAUCCUGACAAAGUCGAGAUUUUCCGCGACUACUACGCAGCGGUGUCGUGGAGCAUAUGCAUGGCCAUGCGCGUCAACAAGACCUAUAAGGAGGCGAGCGAUGCCAUCUUGACCGACGUCACCAUGUGGAAUGAGUACAUGGCUCGGGAGCCCAAGGACAAUAAGAAGAGGAAAAAGCCCGACACCCCAUCGCCCACUGAGGAUGCGGACUGGGCGUAUCGGGCCUGGACACCCAAGGGCUAUGGCGGUAAGGGCAAAGGCAAAGGCAAGAAGGGCGGCAAGCAGCGUGAAUGGCAGGGCCAAUCAUGGCGACAAUGGCAGCCGACACCUUCGUGGGGCAAGGGUUCUUGGUCCAGACCGUCUCGCUGGACCAGAGACGAUGCCAAGGCGGACGAGCCUAGCCAGCCAGCUGCUUUGGGCGAGAGUGCGCCGGAGACGGACACACAGGUGGAGCCGACAGCGCCUCACCAAGCGAUCGACUCUGGGGAUAGUGGCAAGGCGUCAUCCACACCCAGCACGUCUCAGACCGGGUUUCCACCGGGACCAGCGGCCUCUGAGAACACGCGGGCCGCAGCCGCCACUGUGACGCUCCGCGGGGACUCCGCACUGCCCGUUGGCGGCCUGGAUCAGUGUGGUGAUGUGAUUCUGCUGUCGUUCUUUGACGGCGUAGGAUCGGCUGCGCUGGCCUUGAGAUCCUUGGGAGUCCGAGUGCGGGCCACCAUCGAGUGGGAGAACGACCCCAGCGCCUUGACAGUUUCAGCGCAAUCCUGCAAAUGCCUUCGGUUGAAGAGGGGAGACUUGACUGCUGACGACCCACAGAAGAUCGCGAUCAUCCUGCAGGACUUUCUCCGCGAGAAGAAGUCCACCGUUCUGGUGACGGCCGGGCCCCCAUGCCCAGACUACUCCAAGCUGAAUGCCUCGGCUCAGGGUCGGGCAGGCGACAGCGGGCAGUUGUUCGUUCGAUUUGCAGAGUUCUUGAGGCAGCUUGAGUCCAUCAUGCAGAUGCGCUUUCAGCUCUUGGUGGAGAAUGUACUGAUGCAGAAGGCCACAGAUCUGGAAUGGUUCAAUCGCGCAUUGGAUGCGCGGCCAAUCGCGGCUGACGCUGCCAGCUUUGGCCUCAUCAGCCGCCCACGAACAUGGUGGACACGGAUAGAUUGGACACGCGUAAAUCGUAAUCCGUACUACCCGGACAAGGCCCUCAAGUGGGAUAGAUUGGAUGGUCUGGACCGGCUUCAGCUCGGCGUGCAGCCAGAUGACCCUGCCUCUUUCCAGAUGAAGGGUCUCCAGUUUCACGAGACCAUCCUUAACAACAAGCGGAAACUCCCAUGCCUCACUACACCUGCUCCAGGCGACGAAGGGAGACCUCCACCGAAGAAGAUGCGGGGUACAGUAUCAGCUGCCGCUAAACAACGAUGGCUAUCGGGCAAUAGACAAUACGCUCCAUGGGUGUACGAGGAUCAUGCCCUGGUCUACGAGGCGAGCGGUGACGGCCAGUUACUACCUGCUGAACUGAAAGAACAAUUGCAUCAUUAUCCGGAGGGUUUUACCCGCCACCAGCGUGUACCUCCCAAAGAACGUCACAGAUUGCUGGGGAACUCUUGGCAUGUCGGUGUGGCCCGAUUCUUGCUGGCCCUUGUCUUGCUCAACAGUACCGUUGGCCAGUCGAAGGUUCAGGCCCAUGGCAUCGAGGACGCCAUGACCCAGGCUAAGGCCAGAGAUAUCCCUGUGGCAGGACACAUACAGGGAUCAUCAACGGUCCCCGUCAGGCCUGCACAGGACAUGUGGGAACAGUGGGAAAACAGUGCUUCUAUCAAUCACCCACUGUUGGACCCCCCAGAGCUGGAGGUCGCGGUUCAGCGCACGAUGCAUGCUAUCAUGGCUGAGGGUUCUGCUUUGCCUGCGAAGAGAGCACACAUACUGGAACAGCUCCGUGAUCUGCGUUCCAAGAUGCAAACCGAAACGAAGCAGUGGUUUGACAGUCUCCCUCCUCACGUGGCUAGUGCGUACACGUAUGACAACGAUAAGAUUGUGCAAAUACCUCUGCUGAUGCGCCUACUCCGAGGCUGUGGUUAUCCCGACUGCGAUCGCCUGGAGAAGGAGCUGUGUUCGGGCUUUCCGCUGAUAGGCCAGUUGUCGCGCUCACCGGGCUGGCAUCCCCGAACGGACGAUUGGUAUGAUCACCCAAUCCCUGAGAGUGUGUUCGCGAAGCUGAAUAGACAACACGUUCGUGAAAGGGCGGCGCGACCACGUCCUGACCCAGAGUGGCAAACCAUGCUGUCUGAGGUCCUACAGGAACGGGAUAAAGGCCUCCUCGAAGGGCCGUUCGAGGCUCACCCAGAUUGGGGCUUUCAGGCUGUGGGGCCCAGCACAUCCGAUAAGGCCGAUCUGCUGCCCAUGACUUCCGAGGUGGCAUAUGCAGCUUUUGCUUUUAGUGUGGUUCAGGAGGGAUCGGACAACCGACGGAAGGUUCGUCGUUGCGAGGACUACAGACGCUCUCAUCAUAAUGACACCGUCAGGGCCUUCGAUAAGCCACCUCACGACACUGUGGAUACAUAUGUCAGGAUCGUUCGAGCGUGGGCCUCACUUCAUCAAGAUGCUCAGGUGUGGUGUCAGGAUAUGAUGAGCGCUUAUCGCCAGUACCCUGUGCAGGAACCCACGCAUGCUUAUAUGUUGCUGCAGCUCCCUCAUGGUGUGUCGGUUUGGCGACAUCGAGUUUUGCCAUUCGGGAGUGCACCGUCGGUAUGGCAUUUCAACAGGUGUACAGAUGCGGUUGUGUGGCUUUCCAGAUGUUUGGUGCUGGUUUUGGCUUUGCACUACGUAGAUGACGUUGGGGGGCCGGAGCCUUCUUGGUCUGCCAGUUCAGCUUGCGCCACCUUCCGCGAACUGUGCGAGAUCCUGGGGAUUAGAGUGAAACCCUCCAAGGAGCAGUUACCAGCGACAGUGCAGAAGGUCCUGGGUGUCUUGAUUACGAUACAACAUGACAUGCUCCAGGUCAAACCGGAUCCUGAACGCAUUCGUCGAGUCUCCGAGGCCUUGCGACUGUGCUUGAAGGCCGACCGGCUCACGCCUGAAGAGGCGUCCAGGUUAUGCGGCAAACUGGUUUUUCUUCAGUCGAGCUUGUUUGGCAUGGUCGGACGGGCAGCUCUCAGCCCGUUGUACUCCAGAUCUCACGGCGGGGCCCGACAGGACAUUGCUCUAAAUCAGGGUCUUCGCAGUGCCAUUACGGUCCUGCUUUCAGUUUUGCAACGUGCCAAGCCUCGUUGCAUUCCCCUGCGACCAGCUUCCAGGCGCACCAGCGUGGUGUACGCAGAUGCCUUCUUCAAGUUAGGCGAUAGGCUCUGGAAGGCAGGCCACGCAGAGGUCAGACAUUGGACGCGAUCCAGAGUUUCUUCUUUGCAGAAUGGUUGGGGCUUCUUGGCCAAAGCGGGCGCGGUCGUUACCGCAGGGCAUGGCGAUGUGCCCGCGGCGGUCGUAGAGCUCUUUGGUACCCGCAAGGCUUAUAUUUUCUUUCUUGAAGUGAACGCUCAAAUCCUCGCGCUGCUAGCCAAUAGACGUUUUCUCGACUCCUUUUGGGUGUGCUUCAUAGAUAACCGGGCAGGGAAAGCGGCUCUCGUUAAAGGAUUCAGUGGUGAUCCCUCUAUCAACAACCUGCUGGCUUUCUUUUGGUGCCUCUGCUGUGAGCUCGGCUGGUUUGGCCAUUUCGAGUGGGUGGCCAGCAAGCUGAAUCCUUCUGACCCCAUCUCCCGCGGGGAGCUCGAUGGGGCCGUGGAACGACAGGCGCGUUUCCUUCAACGGGUUCCUCAGGCCUACUGGUCCCUGCUGGCGAAGAUCGCUAAUAGCAUGGAGUACGCUACAGGCGAUGCUGUGCAGGAGGCGCUUCAGAUCGAGUUCUGCUUUGCAUAG